CCCUCAACGACGUUGAUGGAGCCUCCAGCCAGAUACGUAUAAGCGCGAGACAUGGAUCGCCAAACUCCGCGUCAGAGCAAAGGGCGAAUCUGGAUGGUCGUACGGCCCUGGCCUGAAUACGGGUCUGCAAUCCUGACACGAUGAAUGAGUGCGACAAUUCCCUAUCCUUUGUGGCCGCUUUUCUUGACUUCGAUCGGUGGUACAGGCAAUACAAAAGCAGUUCAUAAUGUCUGGGAGGUUGUCGCCGUACGAGCUGGACGAGUUGCUACUGUCGGAGAAGACUACUUUAGAUGUCGUAAAGUCACGUCCAGACCUGGUGUUCAGAGGGACCAGAUCGUGCUAACUCUAUUGCUGUUGAUGAGCGCACGCUGACUUGCUCUGCAGUGUGAUGUACUUGUUUGCUAAGUACCCUCUGCCGCGGGUUAGCCUGGACGUUCACCAUGAAUCGGCACCAUUCUACAUGAGACGCAGGAACGAGAUGGAAGGCCCAGAAGGUACCAGAUAGCUUAUGUCUAAGGACGUCAACACAAGUGAUAGCAGUCGUUCAUCAAUCGUCAAAUGGGUUGCGCUGCUUGUUGACAGCGAGUGGGCCCGUCUCGACAUGCCUAUCAUCCGUGCUCCGUCUGUCUGAUUGCACGCAGCCCUGUAUGCACGCACAUUGAUCUGCCUCUA